AUGGCUGCUGAGAAGUUACGGGACUUGAGCAAGCCUAUGGACGUUGCCUUACUCGAUGCCACUGUUGAGACCUUUUACGCUACAAGAUCUAAGGAAGAAAGAACUGCUGCGGAAAAUAUCUUACGGGAUUUGAAAGAUAAUCAUGAUACUUGGCUUCAAGUGCCUCACAUUCUGCAGAAUACUAGGAGUACGCAUACCAAGUAUUUUGCCCUUCAAGUUCUAGAAGGUGUUAUCAAAUAUAGGUGGAAUGCAUUGCAUGUUGAACAACGUGAUGGAAUGAAAAAUUACAUCUCUGAAGUCAUUGUGCAGCUUUCAAGUAAUGAAGCAUCUUUCAGAUCGGAAAGGCUUUAUGUCAACAAGUUAAAUGUCAUUUUGGUGCAGAUCUUGAAACAUGAAUGGCCUGCAAACUGGAGAAGCUUUAUCCCUGAUCUAGUUAUUGCUGCUAAAACAAGUGAAUCUAUCUGUGAGAAUUGCAUGGUUAUUUUGAAACUCCUAAGUGAAGAGAUCUUUAAUUUCUCAAGAGGAGAGAUGAUUCAGAAAAAAAUAAAUGAUUUGAAAGCGUCUCUAAAUAGGCAAUUUAAACUCAUUCACGAGUUAUGCCUAUAUGUUCUCUCAGCUUCCCAAAGACCAGAACUUAUACGUGCAACGCUAUCUGCAUUACAUGCCUAUCUUUCUUGGAUUCCGUGUCCCUAUAUUUUUAAGUCACCUUUGCUGGAAACCCUCCUCGAGUUCUUCCAUGUGCCGGAAUAUAGGAAUCUCACUCUUCAAUGUCUGUCAAAGGUUGCAGCUCUUGAUUUUGGAGAGUCCUACAAGAAACAAUAUGUCCAAAUAUACAUGGUUUUUAUGGAACAUUUGCAUGUAAUGCUACUUAUUAUCAUUGUGUUUUAUUCAUUAAUGUUUCAACUAUAUAGUUUCAUUUUUUUUGUGUUUUGUUCUAAUUUGACAUUAAUGGUUUCCUAUAUUGAUUUACAUAUAAAUAUUUUAGAAUCUACACCCGAAACUAUUGACUUCCUACUUGCUGGUCUGGAAUAUCUCAUUAGCAUAUCAUAUGUUGAUGACACUGAAGUGUUCAAGGUUUGUUUGGACUACUGGCAUUCACUAGUUUUGGAGUUGUCUACGGCAAGUGAACGAGUAGGUCACCCCUGCACUAACUCCAAGCCUCUUUGGUUGCAAUAUAUCUUCUUUAUAUUCUCUUACAUCGAACCUGAAAUCACAACACCAAAAAUACUUUACUCUGAUCAAAUAUCAAAAUUAAGGGGGCUCAUGAUUACUCGCAUGGCUAAGCCCGAAGAAGUGCUAAUUGUUGAAGAUGAAAAUGGGAACAUUGUCCGUGAGACUAUGAAAGAUAGUGAUGUUCUUAUCCAGUAUAAGAUAAUGCAAGAGACAUUGAUCUACCUCACACACUUUGAUCAUGAUGAUACCGAAAGACAGAUGUUGAAUAAUCUAAGAGAACAGAUAAACAAAAAAGAAUGGACAUGGAAUAAUCUGAACACUUUGUGCUGGGCUAUUGGGUCUAUUUCUGGUUCCAUGGACGAAGAAAAAGAAAAGGGAUUUGUAAUGAGAGUUAUUCGUGCUUUAUUAAGUUUUUGUGGAAUCAUGAAGGGAGCAGACAAUAAAGCUGUUAUCGCCAGCAACAUGAUGUAUGUUUUUGGACAAUAUUCAAGAUUCUUAAAUGGCGAUUGGGAGUAUUUAACGGUGGUUGUUAAGAAGUUGUUUGACUUCAUGCGUGAGACUCAUCCUGGUGUUAAGGACAUGGCUUGUGAUACAUUCUUAAAGAUUGCUCAGAAAUGCAAGUGCAUGUUUCUUGUUGCUCAAGCUGGACAAAAGGAGCCAUUUGUAUCUGAACUUCUAGCAAGUCUUACUACAAUCAUUGGAGAUCUUGAGCCUCAUCAGAUUCACACUUUUUAUGAAUCUGUUGCUUGUAUAAUCCAGGCUGAAUCAGAUCCUCAGAAGAUGGGUGAAUACAUUGAAAGGUUGAUGGCCCUCCCUAAUCAGAAAUGGGCAGAGAUCAUAGGACAAGCACAUCAGAAUGCAGAUUCACUCAAAGAACCUGAUAUGAUACGUAUUGUGCUUCAUAUCUUCCAGACAAAUACAAGAGUUGCAACCUCACUAGGAACACACUUCAUAUCUCAAAUCUCAUUAAUCUUCUUGGAUAUGCUGAAUAUUUACAAAAUGUACAGUGAACUCGUGUCAAGCAACAGUGCUGACAGUGGCAUGUAUGCUUCGAAGAUAUAUGUUGUUAAGCUUCUAAGGUCUGUUAAGAGAGAAAUACUGAACCUGACAAAAACGUUUCUCGACAAAGAUGUAAACAAGCCACACAUUGGAAAACAGUUUGUUCCAUCAAUUAUGAAUGUAGUACUUGCUGACUAUGCAAGCAAUGUUCCUGAUGCAAGGGAAUCAGAAGUUUUAUCACUCUUUGUGACAAUAAUACACCAGUACAAGGUUGCAAUGCAAGAUGAUGUCCCUCGCAUUUUUGAAUUUGUUUUCCCUUGCACUUUAGAGAUGAUCACUAAGAAUUUUGAAGAUUAUCCCGAUCAUCGGCUCAAGUUUUUCUCGUUACUUCGUGCCAUUGCUACAUAUUGUUUUGAUGCAUUGCUACGGAUGUCACGUGAGCAACUGAAGCUAGUGAUGGAUUCAGUUAUCUGGGCGUUUAGGCAUACCGAAAGAAACAUCACUGAAACUGGGCUUAAGCUCUUACUGGUGUUGCUGAAAAAGUUUAAGAAAUCUGACUUCUCUAACCAAUUCUACCGGACAUACUUUAUGCAAAUUGAGCAAGAAAUUCUUGCCGUAAUGACCGAUACCUUUCACAAGCCAGCGUUCGAGUUGCAUGUGUUGGUGCUACAACAUCUAUUUUCACUGGUGGAGAGCGGUCUUUUAACAGAACCUUUGUGGGAUGCUUCAGCGAUACCUCAUCAGUAUCCAAAUAAUAUCGCAUUUGUUUGUGAUUACACCAUCAAACUUUUAAGCUCAUCGUUCCCCUACAUAAGUGUAUCAGAGGUGACACAAUUUGUGCAAGGACUUUAUGAGUCCAGAAGUCACCCUGUUACAUUUAAGAAUAACAUACGAGACUUCCUUAUAAGGAUAAGGAAGACUUGUAUGAUAGAUGAAUAA